AUGUCAGGCAUCACAUACCCUGAGGGAUGGUUUGAGGCGUGGACUGUUGUGCUUGGAGCAUGGUGCGCCAUGAUCCCAUCGAUGGGUCUGCUCAAUAGUCUGGGUAUCCUGCAUGCAUGGACGAGUAAGCAUCAGCUUGUGGAUUACUCUGAGUCGAGCAUUGGCUGGAUCUACGGGGCAUAUGGCUUCUUUCUGUAUGCUGCUGGAGCGCAAGCUGGACCAAUAUUCGACGCCUAUGGACGCAACCACGUCAUUAUUCCAGGCUCCAUUGGGAUUGUUGUUGCUUUGAUUUGCUUGAGUUUUAGUCAAGCUAACAGAAUUAAGAGUACUACCAAAUUCCUGUCGUUCAGUGUCUUAGGCGGGCUUUCCGCAUGCACUCUCUUCACUCCGACAGUCUCUUGCGUGGGACACUGGUUUGACAAACGAAGAGGCUAUGCGACAGGGAUAGCAUGCACCGCUGGUGGUCUAGGAGGAGUCAUCUUCCCCCUGAUCAUUCUCUUCGCGGCACCUAAAAUCGGCUUCGCCUGGGCAAUUCGCAUCAUCGCGCUUUUCUGCUAUACUUUGUCUCAUUGCUUGUGGUACAAAGAAGACACGCCUACCUCGCAGCAGUGCCGCUAG